CAUCUUCUUCUCCGAUCCUUCAUCUCUCUUCUUCUUCAUUUUCUCUCUCUAUACAUACAUAUAUUAUAUAUAUAUAUAUAUAAACGUAUUGAGAGACCACCAGUAAUGGGGGCGUACAGAUCGGACGACGACUACGAUUAUUUGUUCAAGGUGGUGUUGAUCGGCGAUUCCGGCGUCGGGAAAUCUAAUCUUCUAUCCAGAUUUACACGUAGCGAGUUCAGUUUGGAGUCAAAGUCAACGAUCGGCGUUGAAUUCGCUACUCGUAGCAUUCGUGUUGAUGAUAAGGUUGUCAAGGCUCAGAUUUGGGAUACUGCCGGUCAGGAACGAUAUCGCGCAAUCACGAGUGCCUACUAUCGAGGAGCUGUUGGAGCAUUGCUUGUCUAUGAUGUCACCCGUCAUGUAACUUUUGAGAAUGUAGAGAGAUGGUUAAAAGAGCUCCGAGAUCACACUGACUCUAGCAUUGUCAUAAUGCUGGUGGGUAACAAGGCAGAUUUGCGUCAUCUGCGUGCUGUUUCUACUGAGGAUGCCCAGGCAUUUGCAGAGAAGGAAAGUACAUUUUUCAUGGAAACAUCCGCUUUGGAGUCCAUGAACGUUGAAAGUGCCUUCACAGAAGUGCUCACUCAAAUACACCGCGUUGUUAGCAGGAAAGCUCUUGAAGUAGGAGAUGACCCGGCAGCAGUUCCCAAGGGGCAGACGAUAAAUGUUGGAGGCAAGGAUGAUGUUUCUGAAGUAAAGAAAGCUGGGUGCUGUUCUGCUUAGAACAAAGAGUAAUCUACACCGCGGAAGAGAUUCUUUUUGUUUUGAGCUGAAUUUCACAUGACAUUUGUACGUCAACCUCUAACCACAUGAAUUGCUUAGCACUAAUAGCUUUAUUCACUGGAUAACUAGACAUUGUUGAAUUGAGUGCACCCCCAAGAUUGAAUAGUAUCCAAAUUAGCUUUAUUCAUAUCAUUCUUUAUCCUUGUUUCUCUAUUUUGCUUCCAUUGGUCAAUGAUUUAUUGUAUUAGCUGCUGCUUAUGGACCUCCAAAAUAGGGUAUAUUUGUUUCAAAAAGAUUCUGAAUCGUGCUACGUGUAUGAAACUAUUAACACA